GACUCGAGCGGGGAAGGGACUUGCCAGGAGAGGGGUCCGGCUCGGAGCGGCCGGGGGCAGAGCCAGCAGCGGUGUGCAAGCGGGCGCGCGGGCCGCAGCUCCCGCCUCUCCCCCGCCCCUCUCGGCCGCGCCGCUCCCACCUUCGCAGGUCCCGGCCCCGCGCGCCGCCCGCUGUGAACUACUCUUCCCGGCAGGACGCGGGCGCGCGCACGCGCACCGGGGCCUCCGCCAUGGCGACUGUGCUGUCCAGGGCGCUCAAGCUCCCCGGGAAGAAGAGCCCAGACCUAGGGGAGUAUGACCCCCUCACACAGGCGGAUAGUGAUGAGAGCGAGGAUGAUCUUGUUCUCAACUUGCAGCAGAAGAAUGGAGGGGUCAAAAAUGGGAAGAGCCCUCUGGGAGAAGUGCCAGAGCCUGACUCAGAUGCUGAAGCUGUGGGGGCUGCAAAGCCACAUCUUUCAGAGGUCACCACAGAGGGAUACCCCUCAGAGCCCCUUGGGGGCCUGGAGCAGAAGGCAACCUCUUCCAUCGUGUCUUAUGUGCGCACCUCUGUCUUUCUGCUAACUUUGGUCAUCUCCAUGAUCCUGGUGCUCGUAUGUGCUUUCCUGAUCCCCUGCCCCCCCAGAGAUCUGCACAGCACUUGGAGUCGCCACCUGGGCCCCCAGGGAGGUGGGGACCUGUCUCCAUUGGAAUUGGCUGAUGUGAAUGGAGACGGCCUGCGUGAUGUCCUUCUCUCCUUUGUAACUUCACGGAACGGGAGUGCAAUUGGUGUCUCAAAGGCAGCCGCUAUUCUCGUGUGCCUCUCGGGAAUGAAUGGCAGCACACUCUGGUCCAGUCCCCUCCCCGAGGAGGCCCGGGAUAUUACAUGUUUGAAUCUGAUGCCAGGAAGCGUGGCUGAAACCAUCUGCCUUGUGACAGGGACACACAGAAUGUUCAGUGCAUUCAAUGCGACAUCAGGGAAAGCCAUUUGGACUUUAAACCCAAACUACUUAUCUAAUGGUACCCUGGCUGCCCCAGGGGUGGUGCUGCCGGACUUGGAUGAAGAUGGCGUUAGAGACCUUGUCGUUCUGGCCAUUGGGGAAUUGCAGCCAGAUCUGUGCUUUCUGCUGGUGUCUGGCCGGACAGGGAGUCCAGUGGGCCGACCCGUGAAGUACAACAUCGUGGGAGUGGGGAAUCUGAUUGGUCCUCAGGUUUAUGUCACCACAAAUGGGGCUGUCUACAUCCUGUUUGGCUUUGGAAAUAUCCAAGCUGUCGCCCUGCGGGACAUUUUUGUUCAGGCCCAAAAUCGAGACAGCUUACCACCUUCUCUGCAGAUAGAAGAGCCGGAAUGGGAGAAGCGAAGAUCCAUCAACCUGUCUGAGCUCAUUGACAUUUACAGCGAUGGUGUUGAGCUACUGCAGAUGGUGAAGGCACCUGAUUCCAACUGCAGCAACCUCCUGAUUACAACCAGACAAGGCCUCAUCCUACUGCGGGGGCAAAAUCUUACACCUUCCUGGACACUGAGCCUGCAAGGCUUGCACAGCCAGCCUACUCCUGGGUAUUUCACUGAUGAUCAGACCUUAGACUUCCUUCUCCAGAUACAGGAUGGAGUUGGGAUGAAAAAGAUGGUGGUGGUGGAUGGGGACUCAGGCUCCAUUCCCUGGAGUUACAGUGCUCCCUGUCACCUGAAAGAGACACCAACCACCUCAGCAAUGACUGCAGACCAGAAGUCUGUCUUCCUCUUUUGGGCUGAAGGGACGUCAGCUGCGUCUCCCAGUUCUGAUGUCAUCCCCGGAACUGGGCCACCCAGCCUUCACCACCUGUACCUCCUGCAUCCAGCAUUCCCCUCUAUUCUUCUGGAUCUGGCCAAUGCCACAGGCACAGUGACGGCUUCAGAGGUUGGAAUUAACGACCUCUGGAAAGAUGCCUUUUAUGUUACCAGGACAACAGGGCCAAGCUCCGAAGGCCAUCUGGCACCCCUGGUGGUCAGCAAGCUUAGUCUACGGUGGGCGCUGAUGGAAGGCCAGGUGGUCCAACUUGAGGACACCACCCCCAAAAUUGGCCGUGGGGAGCUGCGAAGAUUCCUCUCUAGAAUAAAGUUUGUUGAUCCUCCCCACCAGAUGUAGUCUGAUGGAAUCUUCCGUUUCAGAAGAAGUGAACAGAGUGGUACCAUCUAUCUCCCAGCAGCGUCAAGUCAGUUCUUUGGAGAGAAGGAACACUUCACCUCAUUUUACCACCUCUGUGCGAUCAUCACAAAGCACUUUGGAGGGCACGUUGGAGUUCUUUGAUGACGGCACGAUCCAUUGGGCUGGGGUUAUCUGACCUCUAACUUUUCAGUCCCUGCAUUAACCCCCUCCUCUAGGCACUCCAGGGAUAGUUUGGAAAUGUGAAUCUUAUGGUUUAUUUUUUGUGUGUCUAAUUUAUAAACUCCUGCUGGGAAAUCCCAGUGAAGUUCUUCCCUGGAACAUUUUGUUUUGCGUUAUGCCACAUGUGUGUAUGCAUUGGUGUGAUGAUGAAUUAGUUUCUCGAUCUGUUCUAAGCUCCAGGGACCGAGUUUCUUGUCCUUCUGAAGUACACCUGGUUUGUUUGGUUGUCUUGAGAUUUCCAGUGCCCUGCCUCUGAUCCGGGUCACUGGUCCUUGCCUUCUGUGUUCUCUCAUCGCCUGUACCUGGGCUUCUUCCUACCCUAGCGGCAGGGAGACAAGACAGUGGAAGGCUGAGGGAGCUGUCCUCGCAUUUGCAGCUUUUAUCUUCAGUAGCCUUCCACCUCACAAACUUUCCAUCUCUGCACACUUGGUGACCAUAGCUACCACCACAUUCCUGUCGGAAGGGGAGCAAGAGCAGUGCGUAGUUCAUGAGCGGCCUCUGAUGGAGUCUGUGUGGUAUCAUGUGGUCUGGAUUGGCCUGCUGGUCCUGACCUUUUCCCUGCUAACUUCCGAAGUGCUGGGGGUGUGUGUGUGUGUGUGUGUGUGUGUGUAUGCGUGCUGUCCUAGGUCUGUGAAGUCAGGAACGACUCAGGCAGGCAGCCUAAUCCCUGCCAUAACUCCAUUCUGCUCUCUUAGCAUCUCCUAGGGGCCAUUCUCUGUACUGCCUCUCAUUUGUCCGCUUAUUCAGAGAUAGUUUUGCUUUGCUUGCAUGAGAGCAAAGCUGUUCCUGGAUUUUUAUCCUUGACUCUCACAUGCAACCAUUUUGCCUGCACAUCUCCUUCCUUGUAGAGCCUUUGAAACACUGUAUUUUGAGAAAACUCCAGUGUAAAUACUCUUUUAUAAUUGGUUAAGUUCUUUAGAAUUAUCACCAGUGCUUACUUCUCCCUUCCAUAAAUAUUACUUCUCUUAAGUUCUUUUCUAAACUUCUAGGUCAUUGUUUAUAUAGCAGAAAGUCCCACAUUAGCUGGUGGAGAACUACCUUUCUUCUUGAAUAAUUUUGAUAGGUCAUACCCGAGUGCAACUCAGGUUCUGUCUUACUUGAGCCUGUAUCUUUUUAGCUUGUAUUAAUAAAGGGAGUCGAGACAAAUUUAUAGAGAUUACAGAAAUUUAGGGAUCUCAGAUUUGAAGGGAUGUGUAUUAUUUGCCCAGUGGUAGGCAUUAUGACGUAACAGAAGGUUGGUACCAAUAUCAGGUUGGCCUGCCAGGUUUCUGGGCACCCCCUUGACUUAGGGCCCUGAAAGGAAAUUUAAUUUCAACACUUUGGGAAGCUUUGUGAACUUGGGGGAACAAUGAGAGGAUAUCCAAGAGGAUAGGGAUGAUUCUAGAUUGACUUCUAGAGUUUGAAUCUGGGUAGAAGAUUCUAGGAUCUUGUUUAGCCUACUAGAGGAUUCUGAGGACUAAUUUAUAGUUGACUGAAUAGCUAAAACUUGACUUGUGGUUCUGUGGCCUGGGCUGAGCCAUCUACUUCUUACCCUUGUUCUUCACCAUGUCGAGGCUUUCUGGGAAAGCCAUUUUGGGUAGAGGAGCAAAAUGCCAAGUCGCUUACUGAGGGCCUGAUUUGAGGGUAUCCUUUUGGGUAGAAGAUGGUGUUUAUGCGGGGUGAGUCCCAGAAAUAAGAGGAAGCUAGAAGAGCAUCAGUCCCUCAAUUCUUCAUGGUGUGUUUACAAACUGUUGUCUUAACUAUGGUAAGUUUGAAUCCAUUUUUGCUAGACACAGGACAGGCUCUACAGCCAGGGCAGGUUGGAGUGGUGGCAGAGGAUUGCAGAAGCUUCACGUGACCAGCAUGGGUGUUAGCUGGUCAGGUGUGUCCUGACACUCCCUUCUCCUUGGAGGCACCCACCCUACCGGACCUCUAAGAUAGGAAGCGCUCCUCCCUUCUCCCACUCCAGCAAGGCCCCUGUGACUGCCUCUUAGGGAUAGCCGUGACUUGUGCGGGUAUAAGGACCUUCCUUCUCCCAAGCUCUCCUCCUCGCUAUCCGGGUAGCUCCUUCCACCCUAGACAGCAUCCUCCCCUCCCCCAGAUGCUCUCUGCUCCGCCUCCCUGUCGGGUAUGCUGACACCAACCCCCUUGAAUGUGAAUUGCUGCUUUUAUUGCCCAUACUACAGACAAGCCAGCUGGUAUAUUGUCAGGAAGCACUAUUUAAAAUGUGAAUUGUUGCAGAACAAAUAAAUACUAUAUAGGAAA